AUCACCGGCCGCAAUAGUCGAAAGAGAAGAAAUUGCCGUUCCGCGGUUGCCAAAUUCAAUGUCUACGUCAUUACAUAAGAAGAUACGGUCGAUUCGUUCGUUGGUCCGCUUGUUCGGACGAGGGUUCGCCGCUUGCCCGCUAAUUGGCCACAAGCCGGGCAUUUUUGGAUCCAAGAGUGAUAAAGCGAAAACAACGCGAAUGUGUGAACGAUCACCGUGCAACGUGGUGUAACGCAACGCAACUCAACAACAACGGCUGAUGAAAAAUAAAACGGGGAAUCUCCAAGAUCUGCGCUGCUCCGAGAAGAAGGUGGCAUAAAUUUGCGGGUUACGUGUGUGUAAACCAGAUUCGAGUUUCGUUAUAUUUUCCUUUUUUGCAUAAACGUUGAGUCAACCAUCACGGCGAGAAAGGUGUGGUUUACCUUGGCUCGAUCAUCUUCAGAUUUCAUAACUUACGAAUCAUCUCCGUGGGUGAAACGUGAAGACCAAGUGCGGUGAAUAAGGAAGGAAACAAGGUCCCUAUUGUGUAAGGGCCUCAGAUUGCCCCCCAGCGAACGACCAAGACGCGACCUGUGGUGCAGUGGCAUUAAAAUUCAUAAGUUCCAAAACGUGAAAACAGAGAAGAAUUGGGGAAGGUGAAAAGUGAAUUUUUAUUGCGAUCGAAAGUCGCGAGCAAGAUCAGUUCGAUUGACCAUAUGAUCUCCGGAGCGGUGCGUGCGCACAUGUAUGCGUGCUGCAGAAGUUAUCAACGAAACGGAAAUUCACCACCGGGUGGUGAAUAGCGCUGUGAACAAGCGCGCAGAGAAAAAUGACGUCACCAGAGGGCGGUCGCGUCCGGCAGCAAGUGGCUUACCAAUACCAAUGGCUCCCGUGGAUACUGUGGAUUGGAUUCGCACUGGCACCCGUAGCAGAUUCACAAGAACUGAACACCCCACCUGUGAUAGUGGUUGACCGCAACUGGCGAAUACGAGAGAACACCACAGUCAACACACUUAUUACCCAGGUCCGAGCGGAGGACAGCGACAACGAUGAGCUGGAGUUUGGCUUGGACCCGUUGGGACCUGGUCAGCUGCAACCAUUUGUGAUCGAUCCCAACACCGGGUCAGUUUAUCUCAAUGAAAGCAUUGAGGGAAAGGCUGGGCAGAACUUCUUCGUAUACGUGACCGUCACUGACGGUCUGGUAACAUCUAAAAACGAGGUCUACGUCAACAUUCUAAGUCAAAAUGCCACCGGUCUCUAUAAGACCCGAGGGCCACAAUUUACCCCUAACAUCAACAGUAUCCGAAAAAUUCUGCCACCAGGGUUCAACCUUCCUCCUGGCUUCAGCUCGAUUCCACAAGCUCCACCACCGCCUCCACCGAUCCCUCCAAGGCCAACUCAACCGCUGGUCAUCAACCAACCGCCCGUUGAUGACCCUACAUCCACCACAAAACAGACCAAAACCUACCCGGAUCGUCCGGGCUCCAGUACCGAAACGCCGGUGGUGGCCACAACCAACAGUACCAUCACCAAACUCACUCCGUUGUCUACGGCCAGCUCGGCGAUACCCGAGACCACCACAGUGCCAACUUCAGUCCACACCACCCCGGUCCGGACGAAACCCGGCGCAGCAGGAGAACCGCACCCACUGGCCUCAUUCGUGCCCAUCAUCGUUUCCGUGGCGGCCAUCUUCCUGACGGCCGGUCUGAUCGCGGUCUGUGUCUUCCGGAAGUAUCUGUGCGCCAUCAGCAAAACGUUGAAGAAGAAGAAGAAAAUCGACAAAGCCAAAAACUCAAACCAAAGCAAUCUCAGUAGCAAUAUCGCCUCGAGUACGACGGCCGAGGACAGCCGGAACUCGAUCGGCAUGAACCACUGGAGCGGCCCAAUGGCAUUCAGCAACCGGUACACGUCACCGUGGGAUCGGGACCAGAAUGCGCACAUGCAGGUCACAUCGCAACUAUCGACAGCCAGUUCGAACACCUCCGGUAUGAACGGCGGACCGAAGGACCGGUGGGAAUUCCCGCGGCACCGACUGAAAGUGUUCAACAUCCUCGGCGAGGGUGCCUUCGGGCAGGUUUGGCGCUGCGAAGCCACCGACAUCGACGGCAAGGAUGGCAUCUCGGUGACGGCCGUCAAAACGCUGAAGGAGAACGCCAGCGACGCCGAACGAAACGAUCUGCUGUCGGAGCUUCAGGUGCUGAAGUCUCUCGAACCGCACGUCAACGUGGUCCGUCUGCUCGGCUGUUGCACCGAGAAGGACCCCAUCUUCGUGAUACUCGAAUACGUCAACAUGGGCAAACUGCAGACGUUCCUGAGGAACUCCCGGGUGGAGAAACACUACGGCAACACCCAUGGAAAGUCGAAGAUACUAACGUCAGGAGAUCUGACGUCCUUCAUGUACCAAGUCGCUCGAGGAAUGGAUUUCCUAACUUCGCGAGGGAUCAUCCAUCGUGACUUGGCCGCACGUAACAUUCUCAUCACCGACGAUCACACCUGCAAGGUGGCUGAUUUCGGAUUUGCCCGGGACAUCGUAACCUCCAAGGUGUACGAACGGAAGAGCGAAGGACGGCUGCCAAUCCGGUGGAUGGCAACCGAGUCCCUGUACGACAACAUCUUCACCGUCAAGUCGGACAUCUGGAGCUUCGGCAUCCUAAUGUGGGAGAUUGUAACGCUAGGAUCAACGCCCUACCCGGGCAUAGCCGCAGCGGAUGUGAUGCGGAAGGUGCGCGAUGGCUACCGGCUGGAGAAGCCGGAACACUGCCGACGAGAGCUGUACAACAUAAUGUUCUACUGCUGGGCCAAGGACCCGAACGAGAGACCUGAUUUCCCCGAGGUGGUGACCAUGCUCGACCGACUGCUCCAAACGGAGACCGAUUACAUCGAGCUGGAACGGUUCCCCGAUCACAACUACUACAAUAUGCUCAACAUGAGCGGGGAGAAGCUGUAAGGGUGUACGAAAUGCGACACAUUGUAAAUUGUCUUAAAAUUGUGAUAAGUAUUCUUGUCUUGAAGUCAAGUAUUUAUGAAAUGCCGAGCAUGUUGCGCGAGUGAAAUGCUAGGAAUGUAGUGUUUUCAAGAAAAUCUGUAAAUACGUACGUUAAUAAAGCUUUCGAACAAAUUGUCUUAAUG